AUGGGUGGCCCAGGUUGUGGCAAAGGGACACAGUGCAAGAACGUGGCGACCAAAUAUGGCUUUUGCCACGUUGGACUGGGCCAGCUGCUGACGCAAGAGGGCCAAUGCAGUACCCAGUGGGGCUGGGAGGCCCGUGACAUCAUGCUGCAGGGGCUCCUGGUGCCCACGGUGGGCCGGGCCCCAGACCUCAUCAUGUUUGAUUGCUCCAUGGAUGUGAUGGUCUGCAGAGUGUGGCAUCGGGGCCAGAAGGAGCACCGGGUUCGUGACUGUGAGUCGGCCCUCCGCCAGGGCUUAGAGACAUACGACACCCUGUGCGAGCCAGUCUUGACCUCCUACCAGCAGAACAACCUGCUCCGAAACGCGGAUCUUGGCAGAAGCAGCUCCAGAAGACAUUUUGCCCAGUGCUGCUCUGUCACUGAAAGGCUGCAGUGA